AAAACCCAUGUAUAUCAAUCAGUAAGAUUAAAUGAUGGUUAAUAAAUAGUAUUUUCAUUGUUUUUUGUAAAACCCAUGUAGUUCUACCACCCACAAGAAAGUCUUUAAAGCAUUCACUAAUAACUAUUACUUUUCAAGCUUCUACUGUGCUCUACUUUUUAUUUAGAUUUUCAAAGUAAUUAUUUUCAAUGCUAUAAAUUCGGUGUCUGAUCAAAUUCAAAUACUUCUGUCUCUUAUUUGCUUCCAUGCUUUGGUGUGUCUAUGUAAUUGCACCCUGAACCUAUUCCUUUGUGACCUUUAUAUGCACAGAGAGUCUGUUUGUAAUCCUGGCAGCCAUGAAGAAAGUACUGACUGCUGUUGUUGCUGCCUUUGCAGCUUUCAUUGGAUACAAAUUCCUUAAAGUAAAUGAAAUGAUGCUUGCUUCGAGGGAAAUGCCUGUGAAACACCUCAACUGUCAAUAUUUGAAGAAUAUUGAAUAUGGGGCAGAGGAUAUCACAAUACUGAAAGACGGUCUGGCCUUUCUAAGCACAGGGUUGAAAUACCCUGGACUUCCUUCGUUCUCCGAUGAACCAGGGAAGAUUUACAUUUUAGAUUUGCUGCACCCGAAGCCAACUCCAGUCGAGCUGCAGAUCAAAGGAGAGCUGGACCUAAACUCUUUCAACCCACAUGGCAUUAGUGUAUACACUGAUGAAGCAGAUGACUCAGUUUACCUGUUUGUUGUCAAUCACCCGGAACACAAAAGCCAAGUUGAGAUCUUUCAUCUUGUUCAGGAAGACACACUUGUGCACUUAAAAACGAUAGCCCACCCCCUACUCCACAGUGUAAAUGACAUUCUUGCAGUCGGAAAAGAGAGCUUCUACGCCACAAAUGAUCACUUCUUUGCCAGUGAUAUGCUCCACUUUUUGACUCUCAUCCUGGAUUACCCCAUGUGUGAGGUGGUCUAUUACAGCCCUGAGGAAGUGAGGGUGGCAGCCAAUGGCUUUCUGUCUGCAAAUGGCAUCAACAUAUCACCUGACAAACGGUAUAUUUAUGUUUCAGACAUUGUUGGCCAUGACAUCAAGGUUUAUGAAAGACAACAAGGGGAACAAUUAAGGUUUCUAAAGUCUGUAGCUGUUGGGUCACUGUGUGAUAACAUUGAGGUGGACCACAGAACAGGUGACAUUUGGCUUGGUUGUCAUCCAAAUGGCCAGAAGUUGAUGAAGUAUGACCCUGAAGAUUUGGCUGGCUCUGAGGUCAUCCGGAUCAAGAACAUUCUCUCAGAGAAACCAGUGAUGAGCCUGGAGUACGGUGAUGACGGCCAUGUGCUCGUCGCCUCCACUGUAGCAGCUCCCUUUGAGGGAAAGUUGCUAAUUGGAUCUAUUUUCCACAAAGCCCUCUAUUGUGAUUUAAAAUAAUCUGUCUACUUUGUAUCUAAUGAUUUUUAAGGAAAUUAAUGUUGUAAGAAAGGAUUUGGAUGGACAUGGGAUACAAAAAUAAAAUCUUGAUUCACAAUUUGCAAAAUA